AUGUCCAUUUAUAACCUCAAUCACACACACCUUCAUGCUGGAUUGACCAUGCCCAUGGUUGAGCAUCACCCAGGUGGCAAAGGACUGCCCCAUAAGCCUUGUGAUGGCAGGUUCUCUUCCUGCAACAGCCCCUCUAGCAGCGCUGAGGUCAAAGCAGAGACAACCGGUGUCUUAACUGAGAUAUAUGGAAUAUUGGAGUCAUCCACUCACACAGUUUUCAAUCUGCAGCAUGAAUCAAAGAGUCAGCUGAAUCAUGAGGCACUUCUCCUUCUUGAUGUAGUGCACACACAAUGCAAAGUCUUUCAUGUGGAGCAAGCUCUGGCCACAUGCAUCACCCAUGAAUACGAAUCAAUGGCCAAGUUGUGCAAGUACAAGGUGGGCAGCAGUGAGGCACAGUUAUUGAGUGUGCUGGUAGUUGAAUACUUGCCAUUCAUCUAG